GCCUCCGCCUCCGCCCAAGGACCUCCCACGGGGGCGGGUCUUCCGGUACGUGAGAGGGUGCGUGGAACAACUUCCUCUCAAAGCCGGAAGACCGUUAACCUGGGUCCCUCCUCCGGCUUUCCUGGCGCUGGAAGGCCAAAGUUAUUUCAGAGAUGGAUUUAGAUGCAGAAAGAGAGAAGAUCACAAAACAAAUCAAGAAUCUAGAAAGGAUUUUGGAUCCUAAAAUGGCAACAAUUGAAGUCGUUGUCUCCGAUUCGAAUCUAGAUUCUAAUUCAGAAGCAGAUUCCUUGGAAGAUGACGAUUGGGAUGAACACAUUCAUAUGGAGGAAGAAAGUUGGGGAGAAAGCGAUGAAGAUGAUGACUCAAAGGACCAAGCCCUUCCCAAAGACCCAGAGACUUGUUUACAGUUGAACAUGGUAUAUCAAGAAGUCCUUCAGGAGAAAAUAGCAGAAAUUGACUUACUUCUGGCUCAGAAUAAAGAGCAACAGGAAGAAGUCAUGUGGGAUCUGGCUGGUUCCAAAACCCCAAAGACCAAAGAUGGAAAGAACCUCCCUUCAAAUGUAUUUGUGGGUCAUUUUAUGAAACCGUACUUCAAGGAUAAAGUCACAGGAGUUGGACCUCCAGCCAAUGAAGAUACUCGAGAAAAGGCGACACAAGGCAUCAAGUCUUUUGAAGACCUGAUUGUGACCAAAUGGAAAACUUGGGAAAAGACUUUGCUUAGGAAGUCGGUGAUGAGUGACCAUCUGCAACGUUUGCUCCAACCCAAGUUAUUAAAGCUUGAAUACUUAAAUCAAAAACUUGACAAAGUCAGUAACUCAAUGGAGAAGCAGAUCUUGGAAAAGCAGAUAAAGAACACUGAGAAGGAAAUUGAAGACAUCAAUCAGUUACCAGAAGAGUCUUUGUUGGGAGAUAGACUUGAUGAGCGAGAUUGGGAGAAGAUCUCCAACAUUAAUUUUGAAGGCAGCCGAAGCGCUGAUGAGAUUAGAAAAUUCUGGCAGAACUGUGAACACCCAAGCAUCAACAAGCAAGCAUGGGUUGAGGAAGAGACCAAGCGUCUGAAAGAGAUUGCAGCAAAGUACAAUUACUUGGAGUGGCAGAAGAUCGCAGCAGAGCUGGGGACCAACCGAAGUGCCUUCCAGUGUCUACAGAUGUACCAACAAUACAACAAAGACUUGAAGCGAAAGGAAUGGACAAAAGAGGAAGACCACAUGCUCACACAACUCGUUGAGGAAAUGAGAGUUGGAAGCCACAUCCCUUAUCGGAAAAUUGUCUACUACAUGGAGGGUAGAGAUUCAAUGCAGUUGAUCUAUCGUUGGACCAAGAGCCUAAAUCCCAGUUUAAAAAAAGGAUUCUGGACCCCAGAAGAAGAUGCUAAAUUACUCCAAGCUGUUGCCAAAUAUGGAGAACGUGAUUGGUUUAAGAUUCGGGAAGAGGUGCCAGGUAGGAGUGAUGCCCAGUGUCGAGAUAGAUAUCUAAGAAGAUUACAUUUCAGCUUAAAGAAAGGAAGGUGGAAUGCAAAGGAAGAAGAAAAGUUAAUUGAAUUAAUAGAAAAAUAUGGUGCUGGUCACUGGGCAAAGAUAGCCUCUGAAUUGCCUCAUCGGACAGGCUCCCAAUGUCUGAGCAAAUGGAAAGCCUUGAUUAGGAAAAAGAAGAGGCCCGGAAAACGGCAGAAGCCCCGGAAGAAAUACAGCUCCAACUCUUCUAGCAGCAGCAGCAGCAGCAGUGAGGAGGCUGAACUGGAGUGGCAUAAUGACUUGGAGAAGGAGAAAGAUGCUAAAGUAGCACUAGAGGCAUGCCAGUACACAGUGCCUGACAUAGACAUGUGGGUCCCCACCAAACCAAGUCACACUGAGCUGUGGAAAGAUCCAGGAGGGGGCUAUUCCAGACCCUCCACUCUUUCCCCCUGCCUUUCCAAAGCAUCUGUGUGCUCCAGAGUAGACUCCAAAGAAGGCAGCAAGGCAAUUCCAAAUGCAGCAGUGGCGAUAGGAAGGGAGCCCAGCACUGUCCCUAUGGACACCGACUGUGCACAGUCAGCUGACAUUGGUCUGGAGAAGUCACCACAGGAAGAAGAGGCCUCCACAACUGAAAAGAGUGUCCUGAAAGUUGCCCUGAGUGAUGUGAAGAAGGUGAUAAGGAUCAAUACCUGUUUGGAAUACCAGAAACUGAAAGAGAGGCUGAAAAAGACCCAUCUGUUUACCUCAUCUCUGGUAUCCAAAAUGGAUGGUGGAAUGGGCAUAGAAAAAGUGGUGCAGGUGUGGCACAAAUCUUUUCUGAACAGACAGCGGCAACAGAAGAUCGGCAUACAGAGGAAGAGGUUGGACCGCAAGCUCUUGAUGGCUGUGACUCCCUGGGUGGGCGAUGUCAUCAUUCCUUGUUGGAGUUCUAGGAAGCCUGUAACAGUGCAGACUCGAGCAGAAGCCAUCAUGACAAAAUUGCAGAGGAUCCAUCUGACAAGUACACCUGUGUUUACAUUAUUUAUUCAGCUAUUUCAGAUUGAUACUGAUGGCUGCAUGAAGGUGAUUGAAGAAAGGAAGGCCAAGCGGGCAGAGCUGCUCUUGGCUAUUCGUGGAAAUACUCAGCAACCUCAGCAGGCAUCCUCCAAUUUGCAGAAAUCUGCAGGCUGCCCGCUGAUGAAGGGCAAAGAAACACAAAAGAAAUCUACUGGCUCUAAGAUGAAAGAUUUGCCAGAGGCUGCCCAACCAGGCCCAGCGGUGUUGCCGACUUCUUUAGGCCCCAAACCAAAGCCUAAGACUGUCUCAGAACUCCUGAGGGAGAAGCGGCUGAGGGAAUCCCGAGCCAGUAAGGCCUUGGAGAGCACAGUGAUCCUUGCCCCUCAGGUGCUGGUCACCCCACCUGUGAUCCUUCAGCAACCUCUGCAACCACUUCUCCCUUCCACUCUUGCAACAGCCCAAUCACCAGUUGCUGUGGCUUCAAGCCCUGCAGUCACAUUCCAAACAUCUUCCCCCACCAUAGCUCCUACCAAGUCCCCUGAGAAAAAUUCUGUGACAAAUAACAACUCUGGCUCUUCCAAGGGAAAUAAGGUCAUUGUUGAAGAGAAAGUAAAUGAAACAGAGAACACCUCUGCCCCCCAGGUUGGGGUCCUUGCCUUAGUCCAGUCUUCCUCAUCCAUGAGGACUGAAGGGCACUCUGCUCCUAGCGAGAGCCUGGUCCCUAGAACAACAGCUAAUCUAGCCCUAGGAGUAAGCCAGAUUUCCACCAGCUCAGGGCCAGUUAGCCUCCUAUCUUCCCAAGUCACUACCACCUCAGGGAAGCAGGAACUGCUCAAGGUACCUCCUUUUCUGGCUCCGGCUCAAGUCUCUACGCAGCAGCCCAAAUCCAUAAGCUUGGUGCCUACCCUUUCGGUUCCUACCUGUGGCCCACAGGUUAUCUCCAGCAACAUUUUGCCCAUCACGUGGGUAGUUACCCCACAAGGGCUUGUCCCUAUGUCCAUGCCAACCUUUGUAGGCCUUCCUGGACCAGGCAAGCCAGCUGGAACCCCUGUGCUCCCCAUUCUUGGGGGAUUGGCCAGCAGUCAGGCUACCCUGAAGCUAUUGCCUUCAUCAACUGUCACACAGAGCCCGAGGGCCCCUGAACCAAGCCCCACUUUAGCCAAAAGGCCACUCAUUUCCAAUAAAACACUUAAAGGAGACCUGGCCUCAGGGACAGCUGGACCAAACCUUCCAGCACAUCUCCCCACCACUGCUUCAUCAGAUAGAGGAAAUGACUCAGAAAAAAACAGUCUUCCUGUAGAUAAACCUAGAGAAGUGAGGAUAGCUGGAGAGAUAUCUGUACCCUCUCCCCAACCUGAGACACAGUCCCAGGCCAAGAGCCCCACAAGCCAACCGAGGACAGAGCCCAGUGGCACCCCAGAAGUGGAGAGCCUAGCUCGAGUGAAUCCAGGAGGCCAGGAUCCCAUGCAGAAAGGCCUUUUACUGGAGACUAAAGACAAUCUUCCUAUUCAGAAUGGCAAUCCUGGGAAAUCGUUUCCUACCCCAUCAGGGACAGCCAAGCCCAUUACCCAGCAACAAGAAGGGACGGCUGCCCAAGACAGUCAGCCCAAAGCCCUGGAGCCCGGGAAGAGCUUUCUGGACUUGAACCUCCUCUCCUUGGAGAGCGAGGCUUCCGUCAGGGAGUGGCUCAAAGGCAAGCAAGGUGUCUGCUUGCCCCCACUUCAGAGCACACUGCCCUACCUGCCUCCUUUUCUGUGCAAUCUAAAGACCCUGUCGGGCCUUCUGCUGCAAAAGAAAUCCCUGGAGCAGAGCGCAGUCACCAUUGUGGCCCAGGAAAGAGUUCAGGACAAGAAUGCUGUGUCUGGACAAGACAUUCAGGCAGCUCGGCAUUUGGUGCAACAACAACUUAAGGAGAACCCUGCGUACCUCCUCCUGAAAGCCAGGUUUCUGGCAGCUUUUGCCCUCCCGGCUUUUCUUGCCACUCUUCCCCCACCUAGGGUCCCAACCACUCUUUCACGGACCAUGGACAGAAACAGCGAGAGUGAGGAAGAAAAGGAGGAAGAGCAAGAGGAAGAAUGCUCUCAGUCAGAGAUGUGGCUCAAAGACAGGGAUUGUGGUGGGAAUGAACAGCUGACAAACACAACUGGAAAUACCCAGUCUACCCCAGAGGCCAUGUCCUCUGUCCAGGGCUCUUCCCAUCCUGUUCCACAUGCCACGUCCAGUACCCUGGAUGCUGCAGAUUUUAAUGUGCUAAAGACCAGAAAUGCCGUGCAUGCCAGGAAGCGGAGGAGGAAGGUAUGAGAAGGGGGCUGGAGGAUUCCUGGACAUGAAAACUGCCUCUGGAGCCGAGGAAAUCUUAAACUUGACUAAAAACCAAUUGACCCUGCAGAAAUUAAAAACAAAAAACAAACAACCCAAGAAACCAUGAAGGACAAGAAGGCCUUUUUCUCGUGAAGGCUUCUCAGUAGACAGUAUUGAGUCAACACUUCUCACGUAGCUCCUCACUGAAGUCCAAUUAUCACACUAACCACCAUGGAUUACCAUUUGUACUGUAAACCCUGGAAACUGGACUCUUCUGCAAAGGGCUUAUGCCACUGCUUUGUUGCACUAGCAUGAGGGAAGCCCAGAGGGCUGUGGGCUAGGGAAGAGAAGGGAGAAAUGGAAGAUUAUUUAUUUUUGCUGUCAAAGCUUUAUUUUGUGUGAUCACUUGAUUCCAGAUCAAAAGAGGUGAUUGGGAUUCUCAGUCAUUCCACCUUCAAUGAUGCUGGUAGUGAAUGGUCCCUCAGCUGCUUUGAAGUGAUAACACUUCUUUAACUGGAGGGGUUAUUUUUUCUUUUAUGAAAUAACAGGUCUGAAUGUUUGGAGGGAAAGAUAUAAAUAUUUAUAUGUGUUUGUAUAUAGAUGCUAGAUGUUCUAUUUUCUCAUUAAAAAAACAAA